AUGGACAAGUCCCUCCUGCGAGGACUCCCCAUCCUGCUCUGCUGUUUUAGAGGUCUGCUCUCACUUCUGUCUCCCUCCUCUCUGGCCCAAACUGUAGAAAUUAUUCAGUGUAGGAUGUGCCACCUCCAGUUUCCAGGAGAGAAGUGUUCCAGAGGCAGAGGAGUGUGCACUGCAGCACCAGAAGAGUCUUGCACAACUGGGAGGAUUUUCAGAAACGAUGGUACCCCCUGGUUAACCUUCAGGGGCUGCCUAGAGAACUGUGCUAAUGUGGACAAUAUAAAAUGGAGCAUCUACUUGGUAAACUUCAGGUGCUGCAGGAGCCAUGACUUGUGCAAUGAAAACCUCUAGAAACUGCUGGUCCUUCUUCGGCACCAAUCUCUGGGUGACGUUGUUGGCACCAGCUCUUCACGAUGAUUUCCUUAAAAACCACACUUCAGAUUGCAAACAUGUGGCUCUGCCUUCUGCACGUGUAAGAAGCAGCCCUCUCUUUUUCUAGAUUC